CAGAGCCUUCGUCCCGGGCAUUUAGGGCGGGGCAUAAACCGUUCACCCGGAAAUGCAAAGCCCAGCACCUCCUCCUCCUUUUGCAAAGCGCGCGCUGGUUUGCAAAAAUAAAGACAUAUUCAGCAGAGAGUGCAGAAGUUGGCUUUUAUAUGGAAGAAGAUUAUGAGGCAGAACUGUAUGGCAUUGAAGAUGAAUUUGAGGAGCAGUUUGCAGAUGAGCUGGAAGUCCUGGCUGAGCUGGAAGCAGAGGAAGCAUCUCAAGCUCCAUCUCGCAAAGUCUGCAAGUUCCGGAGCCGAAAGCGGACUUUCGAAGAAGCCCUGUGUGCUGGGGAUUUGGCUAAGGAGCCCGUUGUUGUAAGUUGCCAGCCGUGCCCAGAAAAAGCACCUCAAGACCAGAUUUCCUCAGAGGAGACCCUCGACAAUGCCAAGGCAAAUCACGAAAACCCAGGAUGCCUCCCGGCAUUCGCAAAAGCAGCAAAUGGUCUCCCAGAGCCGCUUAUCGAGGAGCCUGACAUCGGCCAGACUCCAAAGCCAAAGCGGCGGAGGCGACUUGAAGCUAUGAAGAAGCUGGACUUCGGACUAGAGGAUGGAAAGGGGUUUAAAGAUGCGCUGGAGGGUGCGCUCUCUCCACCUCUUUCUCCCAGAGACCCCCGGGAUGCAAGGACUCCAAGCUCCGAGAUCCCAGAUGUCAUGGGACUGAAUGGCAUGUUCCCCUUGCGCAUUACACCCCCAGAAGAAGGGGACUCCAAGAAAGUUUUGAGGCGCCCGCCCAUUCUGGAGGACUAUAUCAACGUGACUUCGACCAACGGCACCCGAGUCUUUAUGGUGGUGAAGGAGGACAGUAUGGGGACGGAGCUUUCCAGGUCCAUUAGACAAAAUGAAAGAAGACCCCUUCAUCUCCUGGGAGUUCCCUUCUCCUAUCUAAAGGAACAAGUUGCUGAAGAGCGCCGGAAGCAGAUGCUCGAAUCUACAAAGCUGCUGACAGAGAUUCUGAACAGCUGCCUUGAUGAUGAAGAUCCCUCAAUGGAGACUGUAGCUUCCAAGGACGAAGAAGAACUAAAUGGUGAAUCGGAAGAGGAUGGGUCAACUCAGCAUUCCCUUUGGGUUGACCGGUUCACUCCCAGGCACUACCUGGAAUUGCUCAGUGAUGAUUACACGAAUCGCUGCCUCUUGAAGUGGCUGAAGUUGUGGGACGUGGUUGUCUUUGGGAGGGAGAAGCCCCUGAAGAAGGCCAACCUGAGCGCCGAUGGCCACUCAGCCUUCCGGCAAUUCAAAGAUCAACCGAGCAAAUGGAAGACCAAGGCCCAAGUGACGGAGGAUGCUCUGGAUGCUGAGCUGGACCAACACAACCGGCCCAAACACAAGGUUGCCCUUCUGUGUGGCCCACCUGGCCUGGGAAAGACCACCUUGGCCCAUGUUAUCGUGAAGCAUGCCGGCUAUAAUGCCGUGGAGAUGAACGCCAGCGAUGACCGCAGCCCGGAAGUCUUCAAAACGCGGAUCGAGGCCGCCACCCAAAUGAAGUCCGUCCUGGGAGCCAAUGAGAAGCCCAACUGCCUGAUCAUCGACGAGAUUGACGGCGCCCCAACAGCAUCAAUCAAUGUGCUGCUGGGCAUCAUCAACCGUAAGACCGGGGCGGUUGAAUUGGAACCCAGCACUGGCAGGGCGAGUGGGUCAAAGAAGAGGAAGGAGGGUGGCCUCCUCCUACGGCCGAUCAUCUGCAUUUGCAAUGACCAGUACGUCCCUUCUCUGAGGCUUCUGAGGCAACAGGCUUUUCUUCUCAACUUUCCCACAACAUCACAGUCAAGACUUGUCCAGAGGCUGCAUGAGAUUACCAUCCGGCAAGGCAUGAAAGCUGACACGGGGGCACUGAUGGCGCUGUGUGAAAAGACAGAGAAUGACAUUCGUUCUUGCAUUAAUACCUUGCAGUUCCUGUACAGCCGAGGCAAGAAAGAGCUGACUGUGAGGACUGUGCAGACUGCCAAGGUUGGCUUAAAAGACCAGAACAAAGGGCUUUUUUCCAUCUGGCAGGAGAUCUUCCAGCUCCCAAGGAUGCAGAGGCAAAGGAUAGGGACAGACCCUUCGCUUCCAUCCCACUUCCUUGCUAGUGGAAAUGAAGACCUGUUUGGAACGGCAUCUGGCAGAACGGUCAUGAAUGCAGUUGCCCAACGCUUUCACCACAUCCUGCAUCUCAGCACAUCCUCCGGAGAGCAUGAAAAGCUCAGACAGGGUUUGUAUGAUAACUUCCUCAACAUGAAGGUGAAGGACUCCAGCUUGGGCACCAUCUGCCUGGCCUUGGAGUGGCUGGGCUUCUCUGAUCUGGUCAACCAAGGAGUCCUCCAUGGCCAGAACUUCCAACUCAUGCGCUAUUUGCCUUUCCUCCCAGUCUCUUUCCACCUGCUCUUUGCUGCAUCCAAUGUUCCCAGGCUGGUCUAUCCCAACAGCCAACAAGAGGCCCUGGCAAAACUGACCCAGAUGCAGAACCUCGUUGCUUCCAUGACAUCUGGGAUUGCACCAAAUUCACGCAGCCGCACUGGGCCCCAGUCUCUCGUCCUUGAAGCUCUUUGCUUUCUCUUGGAAAUCAUCUCGCCAAAACUGAGACCGGUGAACACCCAGCUGUACAGUCAGAAAGAGAAGCAACAAUUGGCACAGCUUAUCAGCACCAUGCUGGCAUACAACUUGAACUACCACCAGGAGCGGACACCCGACGGGCAGUACAUCUAUAAACUUGACCCAAAUAUGGAAGAAGUGUGUAGGUUCCCGGAUCUCCCAAUUCGGAAACCACUGUCCUACCAGGCCAAGCAACUCAUCGCGAGAGAAAUCGAGCUGGAAAAAAUGCGGCGAACAGAAGCCACCUUGCAAGCAAGGAACAGCAAUUUGGACCCAAGGAUGAAUUCACUCCAAGAAGAUGGAGACCAGAAAGGAACCCCUGGGCUCAGCCAGCCCAAAUCCAGGGUCCAAAACCAUGAGCAGCGGCUGGACCAGAUUGUGAAGAGAGCCACGUUCGAUGAAAAGCCUGAAACCGAUUUCUUUGGCCGUAUAAUCAUCAAGAAAAAGGUAUCUGCUUCAGCAGCUGAUCAGGUCCCUGAAAAAAACACGAUAGAAAAACAGAUUGGAAAAGCCGUGGGACAAAGUGAUAUUUGGUUCCGAUUCAACGAAGGUGUUUCCAACGCCGUCCGGAGAAAUAUUUAUAUUAAAGAUUUAUUCUAGGACUGAAUAUCAUCUUAAAAUGAAUUGUGGACAGGGAACACACCAAAGAGAAGGCAUUUGGAUUCUGCACCAGACUAUUUAGACAAGAUAUUAUAUUUUGGAUGAAUAGGGAUUUUGUAAAUAAAUACAUUUGAGACA